UUCACUAGACAGUUAAAAAAAAUAAUUUGAGAAAAUUGGUGAAAAUCCUUUGUUAUUUUAUUCGUUUUCUUUCAAUCCUUCCGAUAGAAACCAUCAAGAGGUAUUUCACGUGUUUUCGCUUAAAUGAAAAGUUUUGUAUGAAAAUGAAGUGACGAUCUAAUAUUAUUGCAAGUUUCGAGUGGAGGUGGAUGCCUAAUUUACAAUGUGAAAUCGCUACCUAUCAUCGUAGAAUGAAAGUCAAAGCAUUUAUUGAAUGAAGUUUAAUUGAUUGAGGAGUGGGAAGAUGUCGUCGGUAGGCCAGCUAGUUCCGCAGGUGACCCGGAGUCCCCCCAACAUGACAAUCCAAUUCAACGGUCCACACAUAGAGGGGUCUUUCUGCACAUCAAUAGAUUUAAAUUAUGACCCUAUAGUGAGUGUUAUCUGUGCUAUGUACAUAGCAUUUGGAAUUGUUUACACAUUGUUUGGGUAUCGUUGUUUCAAGGCUAGUAUGUUCCUCACGGGGUUUACAUUUGGAUCUGCAAUAGUUUAUCUAAUAUGUCUUCAAGAAUACCUGUUACCACCUUAUGGUAAUGUUGCUGUGGCAUUAUGUGCGGGACUACUGUUUGGGCUAAUAACAAUGCUGAUUCAAUAUGUGGGUCUCUUCAUGACUGGGUUCCAUACCGGACUCCUCUUAGCAAUUGGGGGCUUAGCAGUCUACGACCACUUUCUUGACAACAGACCCAAUACGUACUGGCUGUGUGUCGUGUCUCUUUUGGGGUCGGGAAUCUUCUUUGCUGUCAUUAACUUGUAUUGGAAGAAAGCGUUGACAAUCUUCGGCACGAGCGUGUACGGCGGCGCGGUGAUCGCCACGUCGUUGGACUAUUUCUUCGAAAGAAUGAUGAUGCUCAAGUGGGUGUGGGAGCGUGCGAAGCUAGAGCCAGCGGUGCUGCCGCCGUGCCGCCUGUCAUGGCUGACGCUGGCCGCGUGGCCCGCCGCCGCCAUCGUUGGCCUCACCGCGCAGUGCGCCCUCACCGGCACCGGCAUAUACCAUGAACAGAGUAAGGCUCUCACUCCAACUGCACGCCACGGGAACAGCGGUAUAGGCGCCCAGAAGCGUCGUUUGAAGGCGCAGCAGGCGCGGCCGGUGACACGCGAGCAACGUGCCGAGAUGAAGCAAAGGAAGUACAGAUAUCUCUACCAGGUCCGCACUGCACAUGGAGACGUUAUAUCACAGUCAUACGUCCAAGCGCUGCAGAAGAAGGCGCAGUGCGGCAACUGGAGCGGCAGCGGCAGCGGCGGCGGCGGCGGCGAGUGCAGCACGCUGCAGAGUGACAGCACGCACCUGACGGUCCUGGCGGGCUCCGAGCACGCACCGCCCACUGACUCCGACGACGAGCUGCAUCAGAUACGGGCCGCGCACUAGCCGAAGGUCGAUGAAAAUUAUUCAAGUGACGAAGAGGUGAGCGAAUUAAUUUCCCUUCUAUAUACGCAGUAUUAUUGUAAGGAGAUCCCUCUCAUAUUAUUAUUAUUACUACUAUUAUGAUACUAGACGUUAUAUUUGUAUUUAACCAUAUUUGUACUCAACUCUGAUUAUUGUACUAAUGACAUUAUACGUGUACUUGUAGGAGUUCAAGGCCUUUACAUGAUUCUCAAUGAUUACGUUUUGUUUUUUAUUAUACAAUCAGUAUUUUUACCUAUAUUUCAAACGGCAGUCAUUGUAAAAUACGGACCUAUACCUUCAGGUUAGGUAAGCGGAACUUGUGACCGCUAGGGAGGAGUCCACGCAAGACUUAAAUUUAAAAUUACGACCACGAGUACUAAUAUGUAUACACUUUGAUUUUAUGUCACAUUAUCUUUUUUGACAAAUUAAACCGUAAGUCUCAUCAAAUGUCAAAUAUGAUAGUGCGACAUGGUUCUAAAGUGGGUACAUGUUAUUACUCAUGACUGUACACACUACAUACCUAUACAAUGUUGUUUUUUAUUGUUUUAAACAGGCUUUACCUUUUACAUUCCAUUUUUUAUUUGUUAGAAGGACUGGAUUCAGUAUUAUUUUGCAUAGAAUUAUAUAUUUUUAAAGAUUAUUUUGGCUUUAAACUUUUUACUGAAGAUGUUACUGAAAUCAUCUGUUAUUUUAUGAUCGUUAUUUUUAAAUUAUAAGCUCACAAUAUUUUUUUUUUAUUUACUAUAAACGUUUGUAGACAUGCGCGACUUUUAAUAAAUAGGUUUGUUUUCGUUUAGUCUUCUACAGAAAAGGAAAACAAUUAGUCUAUCUUAAUACUUUAUUUAAAACUAUAUUUAGCAUAUUAAUGAUUAUAUAUUAUUUAUAAUAUUAUCAUAUCCUUUGAUGUGUCACGGUGAAAGAACUGCGUACGACGUUUUUAAGAUUGUCUAGGGCGUGCCGGAUAUAUCUGGAAAUACAGUCUAGAACCUUGUAGUUUUAAUAUAUUUGCCAUUUACUGAGACUUCAAAAUCAUUUUUAUAAGUUAGUUAAUGCGACAUGGUUCUAUACCGUAUACGUAAUAGUACAUUAUAGUUAUACACAGUACAUCUCUUAUACUUAUAUAUAUAUAAAACGAAUACUGAGGGGGAUGAUUAAGACCAUGAUUCUGAGUUAAUAUCAAUUUUCCUUCGAAAAUUUAAUCCUUUUUUUAUGAUUUUAAAUUCUAUACUUUUGCGAUAGAAAUUUCUCAGAACUUAUGCUCUCUGAACUAAAUAACUCAGAAUAAUGAUCUGAAUCAUCCCCCUUAGUUUACGUUACGAUAUGACUUACACCCCGUACAAGUACGUACAGGUAGCCAGUACGUAUGGGUGUUAGUGACAACGUAACUAAUACUGAAGGGGAUGUUUUAAACCACAAUUCUGUGUGUGGAAUUUCCUCACGUAAAAUUCAUGAAAUUGUUUGAGUUAUUUUUUUGAUUAUUUACAGUUCAUACUUUUGCGACGGAAAAUUCCACUUGAUAUCAACUCAGAAUCAUGGUCUGAAUCAUCCUUCAAAGUUUUCGUUACGAUAUCACUAACACCCUGUAUACAUUUAUUAUAUCAUAAAGUAAUUACGAUAAUACUGCCAGUAGGAUGGUCUUGAACUCCUGUUUGAAUGAGGUUGUGUUUUCAUCGAUUCAUAUUCACAAGUUGGGUGACGAAAGGUUGUUUCGUGAACGAAUAAAAACGAAUAAUUCGUAUUAUUUAUUAAUAUAUUUAUGUCGUGAGUGAUCGAGGCCUUUCGCUUCAGCCUAUUUCAAUUCGACUGUUUAAAAAUAUGUUCCAUGCUAAAAUUAUAUGUUUAUCUACCCUAUAGAAAUCAAAUUAUUUGAAACUAUCAAACUACUUAUUCAAAACAAACUCGUUGCUUGUCGUGAGUAUGGUAAAAUUACCCAUAAAAAACGAAAAAAGAACAACUAAUGUCCAUCCAUGGCUUUGUAUUUCGGACUUCAAUAUCAAGGGUAGAUGGAGCUCGUCUUCGGAUGACUCGUGGAUCUAGCACCUCGAUGAAGAGUUGAAGGGUAUAAUAUACAUUCUAAUACGUUCCAGUAUAAACACAAUACUCUAACAACAAAAGUCCUGUGCUAUUAAGCUGGUAUUAAGAUCCUUGCAGCAGAAUUGAAAUGGGCUUUGUCGGCCGUAAUAAUCUGACAAUGAGGAUAAAACUAGCAGCUCAAAUGUAGACCGUAGCACUGUUGAGUGUUCCUAAAUUUUGCCAGUUCUCCAUACUGUCCACUAAAAUUUGUGUUAAAUUGCUAUAAAAUGUGGAGCAACGUGGAGUGUAUCCCGUCUGAAGGAUGAGUUAGGAAAAACAAAAGCCAUCGGUUGGAAAAAAACAGUUUUGAUUGAAAAUGUGUUUCUAAGUUUUCUUCUUUCCGAUCUUUAGGGAAUAAAUAUAACACUAUGAAUGGUUAUAGUGUAAAAAUAUAACCAAAACAAUAUGUUUGUUUACGCAAAUAGUAUGGGGAACUAUCAAAAUUUAAGAACACUAUUGUAGCGACACCUGAUGGGAGAAAUGGGCAGUUUUUAUCCUCAUUUAGAGUUGUAGACGAAAAUAUUUCAUUGUGCAUAAUGUUUUAGGUAACUUGAGUUUGAGUAUGGAGUAUGUUGUAAUUAGUAUAAAAAGAACAGUAUUGCUCAACGUAACAGCUGUUCUUUUCAAAGAAUAUGAUGAUGUCGUCGUGUUGUAAAGCUACUUGUCAUCACGACGUCUGCCUCUGACCUUUACGUCACUAACGUCUAAAUAUUUCUUGCCAAAAUCUGUAUAGACUUUAAAAUGCUUCAACUGUCCAUUUUUAUAAUGUUCUUUUUAUGUAUGUUGUUGUGAAAAUUGAAAUGUGUAUAGCACAAUGGAUUUUGGAUGUGAUGAACGGGUAAACUCUUAUGAAGAGACUAGCAAUAAGUUGUACUAUGGAAUUUGAUAGGAAGAUUGGGAACGGAAUAGAUUAAUCGGAUACUUAUUGAUACUUGAAUUUAAAUGUAAAAUUGUUUGAUUUGUAUUAUGCCAAGCAUAAAAAAAGUGUUAUGAAAAAGGAAGUAAAAUUGUUUCUUUUUUGUUGGCGAUUAUUAUUGUGCUAAGAUUGUUUUACAGUUGUGACGUGGGUGCUGGCGUUUGGUAUUUGUUUGUUUGAUAUUGGAGCCGAUUCUAGCGGACAAAACUUUAUUUUAUUUUACUCCGAUAGCACUAAAAAUAGUGCCCUCCUUCACUUAUGGCGACUGUAAGACAGAGAUAAAGCUAGUUUUAUAUCUGUCAAACUAAAUUAAAGUUAAGUUUGUGUUGUCGAAUCGGCACCACUGUGGAGCGUAUUAAAAAUUUUAUCACAUAAAUAAUAUGGAAACGAUAAGGCACCUCACAACUGUGGACAACCACCAGCUAUUAUAAAACUUUCAUUCUAUUCAGCUUGUGAUAAGUUUAUUGUUUUGACCAAAGUUUAUUUUAGUUGUUACUCCGCUUUGAGCACAAAACUGUUUUAUCUUUUGAAUGUUAUAUAGGUAGUUUAUAUGGAACGAAUGCAGGAUAUUAAUAAGUAAUCCGUAUAUAUUUUACUUAAAAGUGAAGCAGGCCGACGGUACCGUGUAGAUUUGCUGUUAAGAUAUAUCGUGAAAAGUGUAUUAUAUACAUUAUAGAGUAUUGUUAAGGUACGUGUAGGUAUAGCUAGUCUGUAGGGCAGGUGUGAGCACAGUAGACACGACUUUACCAAUAUCUCUCAUUCUCAACAUUGGUGCUGACUCCAGUACACACCAGCCAAAUUUAAGUCAUACCUGUCAUUUUCUUAUCCGCCGAAAAGGAAAGGGACGGGAAAUCCCAAGGCAUAAAAUUUAUUGAAGACAUGUCAAUUUUAGGCAGUAAUUUAAAAAAUCCAAAAUUUUAUAUUGACAAUUAACCCGACAGUCAAACGGAUUGCAUACGAGUGAGAUGCCUAUUUUAUUUGCUCAGGUUAUUCAUUCGUUUUAAAAUUAAUAGUUGUGAAUCAUCGGUCCCUUUCAUUUUCAGUAGAUAAGAAAAUGACAGGUAUAACUUAAAAUAAAAUUAGGAGGUGUGUGCAGGAAUCGGGGCCAUUGUCCACGUGACCGCUCAAUUUCUAGUCUUAAUUUGUAUAAUUCCUCGACAAUGAUUCUGUUUCAAUUUUACAAUAAGCAGUGAUUUUAUAUUACAUCACCUAUUUAUACCUAUUUGUUAUUAUCACGUAAGAUUUAUUUAUUUCCAUUUAUUUUAAUAAGGCAUUUAUGUACAUUUUAUGAAUGCAUGCCUUUAAGUUUGUAAUAAAAUUAUAUUCUUUUACAUUUUUAUUAUUUAUUGUUAUUAUAUUUUUGGACUAUUUGGUAAGUGAAUAUAUUUUUUUUUGUUUUAUUUUCUUACCUAAUUCCAAUUUAAUAAAUAAUAGCCCUAGCCUUAAUAGUACAUCACAUAAGUAACCAUGCACUCGUAUUCGUGGCAAGACAAUCUAAAUAUUCUAAAUUCUAAUAUUUUAAAUAAGUUAUGCAAUAUCGUCGUGCUUUCGUCGUAUUUACGACAUUAAUUACAAAAAUACUUCAAUUAUUUGUAAGGAAACAAUAAUAUUAUAUUACUAAAUGUGAACUAUGCCGUACAAAUUCUAUCACUGCCAGUGUAACCUAAUUUUUUGGUAUUUGUUUGCAAUUUAAACUUGGAAAUUGAUUUUAAAUAAAUUACAAGUUCUAUUUAUCUACGAUUAUAGCGAGUAAGAUGUAACUAUUUAUACAUUUAUCAGUCCAUGUGGCAUGCGGCAAAUACUGCUGGUUUUGUCCAGAUAGACAGUGUCGCUGCGACUACUGGUCGAAGCCCGCGAUAUUUGUCGCGAUUUGCGCGACAGCGUUACCCAUACAGCGCAGUGGGGAGCGAUAAUAGAAAUCUUAAUAGUUUCAGGAGAUAUGUUCAGAAAUCUUCACUCGAGUACACCUAGGUAGGAAGAUAGUCAGCUAGCCUUAAACAAUAUGAAAUCUAGAUUAUAUAUCAGUACCUAUACUUAUUAACAAAAUGUUAGUUCGCAUUGUUUUGACUGAUUCAGGUGGCUAAUAUACCUUAAUUCCUUUAUAAUGAUCAAACAGAUAAAUAGGUGGUAUAUAUUUCAAUGUCAAUUUCACCGUAGCUUGGCCCUAAGAAUUUAAGUAAUAAUACACACUGGACUGGACACUCCAUAUAAAUAUCGUCCUUACCGCGUAACAAGCGAGACAAAGAGUCCGUGCGCGCUCUCUUACUCCUUUCGGCUAUUUAGACUAAAGUGAGAGUCAGCGGGGGUGAGGUAAAUCUAACUUGGUACAGCGAUACGAACUCGCGCGGGGGAGGAUCGUCCGUUCUAUACGUGGUAUUACUUUUUAUUAUACGGUUUAUCUCCUUACUAAAUGAUGGCCUAUCUAUUAUAAGCGAUGGGCGGGUAACAUCCCAUGCAGUACUCCAUAUCCGUCUGAGAAGUUCAAAGUGGCUGCAAGUUGUGUUCUGGUGAAUUGCCGAUCUGCACACCAUGAUAUAAAUCACUAUUGUAAUAUUCAAUUUUUCUAACAUCUAACAUGCUUUUUUAGUAGUUAGUCGUACAGUCAGUGUCAAAAUAUCUUCAUCACAUGUUUAAUUUUUCAAGUAAAGUGUAGAAUUGUAUGGUUUCUAAAGUAAAGAGGGCAAGAGAAUGAAAAUAUUUUACUUAUUCAAAGACAGAUGAGUGAUAUCUUCUGUACGGUCACGAGCAUUAAUAUGUAUACACUUCGGUAGCAUGUCACAUUAACUUUUUUGUCUCACUAAAUGUCAAAUAUGUUGGUGCGACAGAGUCCUAAAGUGGAUACAUUAUAUUGCUCAUGUCUGUACAUUAUUGCAUUGCAUAUAAAUUAAUAUUAUCCCCAUAAACAACAUUUAUUUCUUACAUGGCUUUUCCUUACUUUAUAAUACUUAACAUUGAUUAUGUAGAUCUGUAUAAGUUGCGCGUUCACUUGAGCGGAAUCAGAGCGAAUGGGGCGUGGAGCAUCGGCAUUUACGAAUUUAUAAACAUGGUUAGUGACAUCGUAACGAAUACUAAGAGGGAUGAUUCAGACCGUGAUUCUGAGUUAAUAUCAAGUAGAAUUUUCCGUCGCAAAAUUUACGAUUUUUUUUUCAAAUUAUUUUCAAUUCUAUACUUUUGCGAUAGAAAAUUCCACUAACUAAUGUCAAUUAACUCAAAAAAAUCAGCUGAAUCCCCCAUCUCAGUAUUUGUUACGACGUCACUGUUAUAAGUACAUACAGGUAGCCAUACAAGUACGUAUGGGUGUUAGUGAUACCGUAACGAAUACUGAAGGGGAUUCAGACCAUGAUUCUGAGUUGAUAUCAAGUGCAAUUUUCUGUCGGAAGAGUCAUGAAAAUUUUAGUAUUUUUUAAAAAUAUAUUCAGUUAUAAACUUUUGCUUGAUAUUAACUGAGAAUCAUGGUCUGAAUCAUCCCUCAAAGUUUUCGUUACGAUGUCUCUAACACCCUGUAUACCCAAUUCCAAUAAAUGAAGAUGCCGAUAUGAACUCUGUCGAAAAUAAUUAAUUCUUACGCUCUGUAUGCUUCGUUUACGCUCCAGUAGACGCGCAGUGGUACUGCCCUUAACACGUAAAUGGACGCCAGCGAGCGUCAAGGUGCCCAAAACGCAAAACUAGCCACACGCUCGAUAUAAAUAAAUAAAUGCAUAUAAUGUAUACAUACUAUUUUUGUAUAAUAGGACUUAGAUGGAUGAAAAAUCUAUUUUCAAGUAAACAUAAUUUGCAAUUGAAUAGCUAUUUAGGAGGUUCAAAGGUUAAUACUAAAUAUCGAUUGUGUAUGUAUCAUUUACUAAAUACUGUCAUGUAGCCUAACAUCGUCCGGUCCAGAAACACGUUACAGGGGGGUUAAAAAGGCCACAUCGUAGCAAUUCAUGUAACAAAGCAAAAUUGCAAUUUGACAUUUGCGCAUAUAAAAUUAAGUGCGCAAUGCAAACAAAUGUCAAAUAGCAAUAUUGCUUUUUAGAUGAAUUGCUUCGAUGUGGCCAUUUUAAUCUCCCUGAAUCACAAUUUGAUUCAUCAUUUCUGUAAUGUUUAACGUAGGUUGAUGUCGUAGAUCAAUAAAUUGUAAAUUAAGUGGAAUGAGAAUAUGUUUGCGUCGAUGUGACGCCGGGCGCCUUACAGUUUGGAAAAUCAAUAUAUAAUUCGAUUCAUUCAAAUAAUUUACUACGGUAUCUUUCCUGCACGUUUUGAGUUUAGCUCGGUAAAGCGUAGGUACUUAAUACAUCGUGCGAAGGAUGUAUCUCUCAUCUUUUGCUAUAUAUCUCUGAUCUCAGUAUCUUUUGCUCAGAGAACUUUUGGAUACAUUCUUUCAAAACUACUUCGCCACCACAGCUAAAUUAAAUAUGCAGGUACCUAUAACAGAUCACAAAAUGUAUCCCGCUACAUCAUUAGGGACUAAAGGCGUCAAAAAAGAUAAUUCUCAUCGAAUAGAGAAAUUGAUUCAAACAAUCGCUCAAAUAUUCUUCCAAAAAAUGACUGGAAUGCCAAGGACUGGCUCCUCUCGAAUAUCAUAUUGCUAAAAGGAUUUGUGAAAUGUUUUUGCAUUAUACCACUGUCUAAAAGAAACAAGACGUAUUGUAUAGGAACUGGGUACUGAGGAGUUUCUCCUGGGUACUGCUUAUGUUUAUCACAGUUAAAGUUUCUCUUGAAGCUCGUCCGCGCGCAAGUUGUUGUCUGCGCCUGAGGUAUGUGAGCGGUGGGGAGCGCGAUUGGCUGAUUAGGUGCCAAGCUGACUCAGUCCGCCAGUCAAUGUUUGUCUACUUUUCCCGGCCUGCCGCUCACGUACCCCAGGCGUGAGCCUAUAUACCAAAAGUUACUGUGUAACUUCAUUCAUCAAUCCUCUAAUUGGAUGAAUUUCAGAGUACUGAAGUCAAUAUAAUUCCUGUCACCGCAAAAAUACCCUAAAAUCUAGUCUUUGUAAUAAUUAUCUAGUUACAACUUAGUUGGUAACGUAUAAAUACAGAUGAGUCUUAUAUAUUUUUUCGGUGACAAAAAAUGUCUGGACUUGCGGUGCUCUGAAAUUAGCUACGGUAAUAAAUUAAUUGUAUUAUAACUACUUGGUUCGCAUAUUUCAACCGCUUCGUAUAUUUUAUGACUAUAAGAAAGUAACGCAAUAGACGCAUUAUGUAUGAAAUCAGACUUCGUAAUAAAUAUUCGAGAAAGCAGUCUUUUCUUGCCAAUACUGUAUCUACGAAGGUUAUUUUAAUAAAUAAUUUGUUGUCCUCUC